AUGAUUGAAGUAUAUCGGACCGAAGAACUUCGACAAUACAGUGGAAAAGUAGCCUCAUGCGCCUUUCUCCUGCAGGCAUUCAUUGUGUGCAUUCUGAUAUGUUUGCCUCUCGGUAUCGUUUAUGGCUCUGGAGGUGAGAUAAAUGGGCAAUUCACGUACAUGAAGUACGUAUUUUUUAAAAGAUUCAUAUUUUCUUUCGUAUAUAAACACGAAAAUUCCUUAAAAAGAAAACGCAACCGACCAAGCGCACACAGUACUGAGCAUUGUAAACGCAAGACCCGGAAAGGCCGCUAAGCUUGUAAAUAUACUUACGAACAUAUAUUUUCGUACAUAUAUGUACACAUAUAUGUAACUAUAGUUACAUAACAUACGUUAUGUAUCGACAGACAGAUAUUUGCAUUGUAUAUAAUAUAUUACAUAUGUUAUGUUUCAUAUAUUAUAUUGUUUAUGCAUAUGUAUUGGCAGUAUACUUAUUUUGUUCCAUUUACCUAUAUGCUAUGCAUAUAUGCACACGUGCAUUAUAUAUGUAUAUAUAUGUUCAUGUUUGCGAGUACGCGAGAAUCAGUUAGCGGUGAAGAGACGAGAUCACCUACCCCAGGUGGCUAUGCACACAUUGGACUUAAAUUUGCUUGGGAGAACACUCGCAUUGUCGGCGUCUGUCCAUCAAGGAAAGGUCACGAAUUCCUGGAGGCUCUGCACUCACAUAAGACAUGUAUCAACUGCCAUAUCGGUUUAGAUGCCACAUACAAAUUUCUCGAAAACAACUGGAAGCGAGCGCAGCGAAUGCCAAGUGGAUGACGAAAAACCAUUGACGCGCAAUGGCGCAGGCUUCGGCCAACCAUAGAAUCACUUGUUCGACACGGUUAAACAGUUAACUGUUUUUUGCACAUAACCCAAAAGUCUGACGACGAACUGGGGAACCAGACUCGAAAAUUUACGCAUAUAUAAAUGUUAUUUAAGUGAUAGUUUCUUUGAAAAGAAAUGUGCCCUACUAGAGGCGGUCUUACUUUGCCCAUAUUAGCUUACGCUACGUGCAAAGGGCUCUUACGAACUACGUUUAGAUUUCGUGGUGUUUGAAAUGUAUAUAUCACCGCAGUAGUAUAUAUCACAAGCGAUAUAGUAAGACAUUUUGCACAGAAUUGCUUCAUUAGUUCAGCUGUCGGUCUAUGCGCACGAAAAGCCUGUGGUCUUAAGUCCACCUUACGCUGACUUAUAGUGAAUUAUGCUUUUAACUGUAAGCUGUAUUGUUUAUUCCCUACAAAUCUCAUACAGAAGGAAAGCAUACUAAAAAAGACCAAAACCUUUUACAAGCCAAACGACUAAACUUCGGUGUACAGUCGUCACUUGUGACAUCGUGGUUGGCCAAUAUUUGAGAGCAAUUUCAGAAUAAUUCCGAGACGAAAAAAUAAAAGGAGGAUGUACUGAAAUACACAGGAAAUAACAUAGGUAUGACUUCAUGCUCGUUCAAAAAUUUAAGUUAAUUGAUCAGCGAUUAGAUAGACUUAAAUAAAGCACACAGUGUUAUCUUAUACUAAUAUGUUCAGAAUGUUAGCAGUCGAAAUCAUAUUUUACUAUAAAAUUAGUCAUGGAAACGAAAUAUUUGAACACAUGGAUUUAGUGUGAGUACUCGAGCUCCGACGAACUUUUGCUCUCUUUUGCUGAGUCUUAAGUUUAACUAGAAUUUCUGUCCGAAUAUUCGAGUUUUAUACAUAAAAGCAAUACAAUAUACGCGUCCUUUGGCGGCGCCAUGAAGAUUUGCUAAAAGAAAAUAAUAAAUAAAUUAUGAACAAAAAACCUUUUCUAUGCAAAGACUUGCACAUGGAAUCCAAAAAACAUCAAAAUAUAACAUAGACACCGAACAAACGUAUUACAAACGUUUGUUAGAUGUUAAGUAAUUUAUAAAAGUGGUAAAAUAUGCACUAACUGACCUGCCUCUGUAAGAUGGCCCAAAAACCGAUCCGUAUCGAAGCGGGAUCACCUGCGUUGAUAUUUUGCAAUUGCCGGGAAAAUACCGCGGAUUAUGUAGAUCAUUUUGAUGUUGACAAUAAAUACCAGCACAGGAGACCUUCCGGUAAUCUUAAAGGAAGAUACCGGGCAACUUUUAAUGUGUAAAAGCAACUACAAAUGAGGCCUGUCUGCAUUCUGAUGUGUUGGCAUAACGUUGCAAUGGAAGCGAAUUUCGCCCUGGCCUGAUUGAUGUGGACAAAAUUGAAGAUCGUUGAACCUUAUGCGUUUGACCUGAUCAACUGAACCGCCUCUGAUCAGCAGUGUUCAGUAAGGUUGGGGAGAAUAAUCACCUAGGAAAGCACGGACAAAGGUAUGGGUUAUUGCCGAGAUGAAUGUAUAAAUGUUAUUGCUCAGAGUGAUAAAGUACAAUUCUAGAAACCCGCACAGUCAGCGACGGAAUUUUGCAAAAAACACAAUCUGGAGUUGGAUUAUCAGGUAGGUGUGCUAACUCGGGGUCUUUCUUAAAGACACUAGACCCCUAUGAGCGUGUACUACGCACAUGAGGCAUGAAUGACUGCAGAUGACUACAGUGUGCGUUGUAGUUGAACUCGUUCGACACGACUGGAUUGUAAGGUCAGUCCUUCUGUAAAAGAAUUGUAUGACUUGAAUGUGGCGAGACGUUGGACAAAUUUUCUUAUCUGAGGAAAGAAAAGUGUUCACCGGAUCGAGGGAAUCGUUUGACUGACGUUUCGAAGAGCUUGGGCGGCUGUCCAUUAUCAAAGCGUCUAGUGAAAAAAUCAAUCAGGAUUUUGAAUAGACAGCCUUAUUAGUUCUGAUUACCAGAAGAAAGAUUUGAGCCUACUGGACGCUCCAUAGUCCUAUAAACUUUGUCCAGCCAGUAAGAUGACAAUGCUGCUCAUUAAAACAAACAAAAGGCUGGCAAAACUCGGAGUAAAUGGGGCAAUCACAGCUAGACAUUGGUUUCUUAUGAAACCCUCUGACUCUGCCGCCGCGCGGUUUUACGGUCUGUGGAAGGUACACGAAGCAAACAUAUCGCUUAAGCCCACUAAGUUGCACUCCUAUAGACGGUUUGGCAAAAUGGGUGUUUGCUCGUCUUAAGUUCCUGGCAGAAAGUUCGCAAACAACAGUGGCUUCUGCUAAUCAGUUCCUUGAACGUUUAAAACAUCUGAAACUAGAGCCAGAUAAAUUCGUGGUAUCUUUUGAUGUCGUUUCACACAACAACUAACGAUUGACCUUGUGAGACAACUCCUGACUGAUCGCUACAACAAGAGAGACAAUCCCCUGAAGACCGAACAUCUCAUGGAGCUCUUGCGUUAUUGCCUAAAACAUAUUUUACCUUUGGUGGACAAAUGCAUGAACAAAUACAAGGCACGCCUAUGGGCUCCCCCAUAUCAGGGCCGAUUGCUGAAGUGGUCCUUCAACGGACAGAACACUUGGUGUUCACCAAGUAUCAACCAAAGUUUUAGGUUCUUUACGUUGAUGAUACUUUCGCCAUUGUCAAAUCAUCUGAAGUGGAGCACCUUACGGUAUUGCUGAACUCGGUUGACCAGAAUAUCCAACUUACGACAAGUGAAAAAAACGGCCAACUUCCAUUCCCCGAUGUCCUUGUGUGUCGGUGUGCAACUGGGCAGUUACAAACUACCGCUUUCAUAAAAGCCACCAACAAAAAACAAAUACUACACUUCAACAGCAAUCACCCCCUCUCUUACAAACGCAGCUGUGUCCAUACUCCAUUCCAAAGAGUUGAAACACAUUGCAGCAAGCAACCCAGACCGUCGCCGUUUGAUGCAACCCAAAGACAUACUGCCACCCACUGGAACCUCAGUAGUUGUCUAUCAAAUAAGUUGUAACGAUGGAGACUGCAAUUACGUUGGGAAAACCGGAAGGAAAAUGCAGACCCACUUAAAUUAGCACAAACUGGCAACUAGGAGACUAGACCCAAACCCACAGCUUCCGACUCAUAUCGAAGAAACUGGCCACAGUUUUGACUUCCAAGGAGAAGCCGUCUUAGGCCGAAGCACCUCAAGGACAGAACGUCUCAUACUUGAGGCUUGGUACUCAGGUGCCAAACUGGUCAACAGGCACCUAGACCUUCCUGCGUCCUAUAAAGUCUUACGUCACUAUAUAUGCCGAGUCGAGGACAAGGCCGUCAUACGGAGCUUCAGAAUACCGAGCAAACACGGCAUGUCGGCCGAUUUAUCCAAAAAAGGGGACACAAACGCAACUAACACCAAUUGAGGUGACCACAUAACACAGGAGACCGCCAACACUCACAAACGACGGCCAGUAGGCUAAGGCAGCGAAAGAAUAGAAGAUAGAUCUGCCCAAGGCCAACUAAUUCAGCUGUCUUUUCAAAAUUGUGAUCGAUUUUCGCACUAAAGGCUUUGAUAAUGGACAGCCGUCCAAGCUCUUCGAAACGUCAGCUAAACAAUUCUCUCGAUCCGGUGAGCACUAACCUUUCCUCAGAUUAUCUACCCGGAUCCCUUACUUGAGCUCAAAUGUCUUCAUACUUUUCAGCGGUCGAACACGAAAUAAGACUUGUUUAGCUGCACUUUGGGCCUGGCUCAACUCCAGCAGUCAUGUAGUGGCCCAUCUAUUUAAUUUAGAAUUAACUCCUCAUUACUUCCUUUAAAAUGCUUUUUAAACUCUGCACGCUAAAGCGCGCAAUAUUCUCCUUGAUUAGGGGAUCGAAGGGCUGAAGAAUCUAGUUCUUUGGUGUCAUCUGAUAUUGGGAGGAAUUCGCACAAGCUACUUCUACAUGAGUAGAAGAGCGUGUUUCUCCAGCAAAAUAGGUCGGAUGCUCUCAGAACGCGUUUCUAGAUAGCAUAAGAUGCUGAAUCGUUCGAAAUCAGUAGCAUGAAGAACACGUUGUUUUAUAUGGUUCAGUAAGUGCAUCCUGUUCAUUCCCUAGAGUCAGAUUGGUCUGAUUGGUGCCGGCAAGAACGUGCUCUAAAAUACAAAGUUGCUAAAAUCGAGUUGGUAGCAUGAAUUUGGCAGUUUCAUUUUUCCUCUGUACUUCAGACAGACAGAACCGAACUAUAUCGGCAGACAAUAGCUGUUGUUUUUGUUGUGCAGCUAACAAAAGAUAAUUAGUAUCAGAUAUCUAUUUAUCUCGUCCUCAGUUUGGCCUUUUUAAAUUUUUGGAUUGUUCGUUUGCCCUCGCGGCAUUCGGUUUCUUACAGAAUACGUUUUGACACGUUGCCCAAACAAAACAGUCUACCCGUAACUGCCGUUAAUGGCUGCUGUUUCUUCUUCCCCGAAUGAAUGUAUUUCCUUUUCACAUCCUUAGCAAGGUUUAGGGUUUGCAGUUGGGGAAUAACAAGGAUGGAUUUGCCUUCUUCAAGCAGCUCCUUUUUGGUUUAUAGGCCCUGUCCCACUGAGUUGCGAAUCAUUUGCCAUAGCUGCGGCCUAAACCAAAAAAACAGGAGGUUGAGAUCAUUUUCGUCUAUACUUUUAGGCCUUUUUAGAGAGAGUAACGUCAUCAGGGAACAUUUGACGGUGACUAUUGCCCGACACGUUAGAGGAUGGAUCUUAAGCGACAGUGGCGAAUCACCCUUCAGCGUUUCAGUCAACAAAAAUCCCAGGUGUUCUGACGUCUUACCAGCCUACCUUUCAUCCUCGCUUGAAUAUGUUUCGACGAAUAUUGGUGCUCGCGUUUUGACCGCAGAUAUAAUUGUCCCGAGGCCACGAGCUGGAAAACUGCGCGGGAUCGUCCUACUUUUGCCGAUUACUUUUGAAAUUCCAGCAAGUUUUCUCGAACCACCUGAUGUCUUUUUAUGCAGAAACUUGAUUCGCCGUUGCUUUUUUCGACAAAGAUGUUGACCUUUCCGGCAAAUGCGCACCUGAAUCACUUUAUUUUCAAUGGAGUCCUUAAAGUUAACCCGUCGAUGGUGCUUUCACCCGAGGAGUUGUGGAACUAUAAGAAGGUAGGCAGUGGUUUCUUUGAUCGUCAUCGCGAACGCAGCAAUCGCUUGGUCGUUUCUGUGAGAUUUCCCAAUUAUUCAUUAAUAAAACUGCAGGUAAGACGUUUUUUGACCUGAGAGCUUCUCUUUUAGACAUCCUCUCGCUCACAGAGAUCACGACGGAAGUCCGAUCAAAUCCAUCGGUAGACGGAAUUUCGAUUGAACUAAAGUUGAACUUGCCCGAAAAUGUUAUAACGUAUCCUUUUGGGUUGGGUGUAGGUAAAAUUCCAUUCCUAAUACCCUAGUCGACCUUGUCAGUAAGGAAGAACGCUUAUCAAAAGACGGCCGGUUUAAUAACGUUGCUGCUCAACUCCAUUAUUUUAUCUGUUCACGGUUCAGGGAACGUCACUUUUUCGACGUCUUAUUGACCGAUUAUUUUGAGUGUCGCUCCUAAUCGGCAACUUCUGAAAAGGAAAACAGCACAGGAUAGAUCUUUUUUAGAAUGGCCAUACUGAGCUUAAUAUUUCGGCCGUAGAGUGAGUGACGGAUCUGAUGAAUUGUUGGCCAGAAUUCUGAAAUGCGCUUUCGAUUAGGUGGGGCUGCAAUAUUGAUUAUCGUGCGGUGCAAUGCUAUAAUAUAUUGGACUGGUCAGAGUAUCGGCUUUUGAAUGCAUUUCUUUCCGAUCUCCUGUUGAAACAUCAUUUAGCAAAAAUGACUACCUAGGUAGCAUACAUUUUUCUCAUUGAUUUUCGAUAGUCUUAUGAAUUUAAAUAUACUUUUUAGAAGAAGCACAGAUUUAUGCCGUCUUUUACUCGUUAUGUAGAAAAUCACGUUGUCUUCACAGUUUUUACGCGGAGCAAGUGUAUAUUUAGGUUUUAAAAAAUCUUUCCUGAUUCCCGAGUGAUUUGAGCCUUAGAGGUCGUUGCAUUAGUGUUUGGCGAUUUCCGCCUACAAGACGUAUGCAUUCUGCGUAAGGCAAAUCAUAUAUUUAAGAAAAUGCCAUAUAGUGCUCAUAAAUUUUUCCGAUGGAUGCGGACUAUGCUGUAGAUUUAACGAGGAGUAUCGGUAAAUUGACAGGCACGAUACUGUAUGAAUUUUCGUUGAAUGGUCUUAGAAAAGCUAAUAAUAAGAAACCUUUUUAAAAUCUAAAAAUAUCCAUUCUUCGAACAUAAAACAUAAAGGCAACAUGAUUUUUUACCAAGCGAGUGAAGGAAAAUAAUUUUUGUGCAUGUUUUCGGCAAACUACGUUUGAAUUUGUAAGACUAUCGUAAAUCAAUGUGAAAAAUGCAGGCUGCCUGAAUGGUCAUUUUUUUAGCGGGGGGUAGUUUCUACAUGAGGUCGAAAAGAAGUGCUUUCGAUAGCCAAUAUUCUGACGAGACCGAAAAAUUGUAAAAUGCUUCUGCAAGGCAAUCAGUAUUGCCAGCCCGCCUAAGCUAUACCCCUAAUGUAAAACGCCUUUCAGAAUUUCAGCCAAUGUUUCACGAGAUCGGUCACUCACGGCAAUUAUGGAUCUGCUGAGACACGCAUUCUCACCUCCAAAUAAAUGAACCAGGUACCAGUUGGUGGGACCGUGUGCAAAAUUUCAAAAAUGUCGGGGGACGUAAGUUCAAUCCCUGACUCUAACUGUACCCCUAAACCGCGAGGUUACAAUAAAUUUUAUUCAAAUCUACCCGGCCUGCCAGCCAUCUUUGGUGAAUAUUCUAAGCUUACGCCCUAACUGUGUAUGUGGUCAUGUUGAUAUCGUCAUCGCGACAUCCAAGAGCACUGGAUAUUCGGAAUCGGACUAGCCAUUUGCGUAUGCCGGAAACUUACCACCCUCUUGCUCAUCUUGGGCAGUUAUGGUUAUCGCCAUCACUUCAUUGCGUUAGGUAUGUUAGAAUUUGUCUGUAUGAACCAUCUCGUUGUCUUAGACAUGCAUUAGGGGCACUUAAUUUUCCGCGUUGACUCAAACAACAUCAUCGCCAUGUUGCAUAAAUUUGAUAUUUACUUACAACCGUAAACCAAUCAAGCUACUGAUACACCCUUAUGCUGCAACUCAUUUACUGCAUUAUUUUUUGUUCGUUCUAAAUGUUUGGUGACACUACCACUACCACCAACUUCGAAACUUCGGUUAGGCCCCGUUAUAUGUCCUCCUCGUAUGAGAGGUGGUUUGGUCCUAAAUUCCAGGGGAGCACCUAUUUCUGUGUUGUAACCGCAACCCCCUGAGACUAAGCGCAAGAUCACCUGUGAUAGAGGAGGUACCUAUUUCCUUACCCUACCGGAACUUCGAAUGCACCGGCCGGCCGAGUAAAGCCGCACAGUAGUAACCUCAGCCAGUCUAAUGCGUUAGAGUGAAAUCGAAGGAAACCCUCUGCUCCUUUAUUCGUUUGAAAGGUGCUCCAGGAUAUGGUUUCCACCUAGCGCGUUCAUAUCUGUAGUCAACUAAGAUCUAACUCGAGCCCCACCCCCGUUGAAAAAAGCACAGUAAGUCAGUCGAAGUGUGUCCGUCUUACUGUCGAGACAUGUGUGAAUAUUUGUUUCUAUCAGUAACCAGGAACUUUCAGACAGCUCAGCAGACAAUGUACAUCUUGCUUAAAGCGGCCAAAUAAAGCGUCCCCGUCUUAGAAUCUGCAUCAGUGCUGUAUGACAACCAUCUCCUCCUCUUCUUCUUCGGUGAGGGCUACCUUCAUGAAUUGCUGUCUUCUCUUGAGGCGUUGGUAAAAAUUUCAGCGUGCGAUACAUGACUCAUUAGAAAGGAGCAUACUUCGGACUUUAGAAAGAUUGCGUCACUGAUCAUAAACCUGAAUGCCAAACUGAGGUCCAAUAGGUAGAGCGGUCAGUUAUUGUGAGUGCUGCCAGACAGACCAGUUCCCUGGUGUCGGCAGAGUAACAACUUUGGCAGUUUUGACACAUUUUCAACUAAAAUGACUUGGCUUUAAUUAAAUUACUUACGUUUUCUUAACCUCGCGGACGUAUUUUCUUACUGCAUUUUCCUUAACCGCCUCAUCAGUAUUCAAUCAAGUUUCUGGUACACGAUCAAGUUCGCUUGGGUCCAGUACCUCUGCGUCGCUCUCCUGCUUUUCUUUGCCGCAGAGGAACUUCGCAGCUUUUGCUACUCUGGACAAUUGGUUCACACCACUGUUUCGUCAACGCUGGACUACAACUACAAGAAGAAGCUUUUAUAA